UCUUAUUUAUAUAAAUCUAAAUAUACGUUUUAUAAAACUUAACGAUUUAGAUACUUUAUUGCGAUCAACUGCGAAACAUAUAUUCACUAAUAGAUAAGCGAUUAAACCGACUUAUCGGGAUAAAGUUUUUAUAUGAUAGAAUAUGAUAUAGAUUAUAGAUAAUGAGAUACAUAAUAUGAUAGAAGGUAAUGAGAGAUAAGAGAUUGCUACAUAUAUUUUAUAUAAUUAAAUACAUUUAAUAAAAGUAAAAUAUGGGCUGAAAUUUGUUUGCACCAAGUUCGAAAUGUUGGACGGCCGAGUGUGUGUAAAAAAUCCUCUGUUUACGCGAGACUCCUCGCACACAGAGGAGUCGUAAUAUUCCAAGAGUUGAAAACGAGUGGCGCUGCGACAGCUAUAUCGACAAAGCAAGUGUCGUCCUGCGCGCACGCCGGGCCCCGGUUUCUCCAGUUUUCCCCGAGGUUCCCGCAAUUUUCCGCUCAACGAGGUGUUCGUGAAAAUUCCCGACAGAUUCAUCCCGUCGCGCUCGCAGGCGAGUCCGGCCUAGGUACGCGGAAGGAGAUCAUCCCGUAUCCCGUCUCGAGCACGCGAUCGAUCGAUCGUCGCCCGGGUCGCCGCGUCGCCGACGGUUAUCGUCGGCCCUGCCGGCCACGACGACGACUACUGGUACUGCCACGAUGGCCGAGGAGGCUGACACAAACGAUAACGCGGCGAUGGAAAGUACAGCGCGAAACAGAGCGGAGGUCGGUGGUACCGGUGACGGCGGCAGCGGCGGCGGAGGAGGAGACGAAGGCGACGGCUCGCCGACCGCGACGGCGACGGGCGAGGUGGGUGCGUUGCAGUUCCAGGCGUCGGAGGUGAUCGCGCGGCUAGAGCGGGCAGUGGAACAGGCUGCCGACGGCGGUGGCUCCACGUGGAACAACCCUUCGGGUUUCCUCACGCAGCCGAAGAAACCGGAAGAGAUAUUGGCAUUGAUACAGGAUUUGGUAGUUCACGAGGAUGUCCCGCUCCCGUUCGAGACAGGAUCCACGGAGUUGCCGUACAGUCAGAUCACCACUCUGCCAGCUCUGACCGAAGCGGCGAGAUUGGCCUUAAUCACGCACACCAUUUCGGCUUACGCGGUAGCGCUGCCGAAGUCACACGCUCAGAAGCUCGCGGGUCGCCUCGCGGCCGAUACAACGAGAUGGCUCAGCCAUAUCUUCCGCUUCGUCGACUGUGCGUCCUCCUUUCACGAGGACCACCUCGAGGGCCUGGUUAGGGUGACGCGACUCGCUCUACAUCGGAAAUACCCACGUUACAUGGAGGAGGGCUUCACCGCGCUCGUGUCUCAGCCACCCUUGAUUUACAGCUCUGUCGCUGCACCCAUGGGCGUCGUUCAGCAUUUGUGCAGACAGCUUUCCUUGCCGCUUCAUUGCAUAAGACCAAUCCCGCAUAAUACUAUGUUUGGCUCGAGACACACUAUGGACAUCUCGGCACUGGAGCGACGUUUAGCGGAGGACACUCAGUCGAAUAAUGUAACGCCGUUAUUAGUCCUAGCCGAAGCCGGCUCUGUGCUGACGGGCCAUUGCGACAAUAUUACACGAUUACGAGCGAUAUGCGACAAAUACAACGUUUGGUUGCAUCUUAGAGGGCAUUCGCUAGCCGCGCUCGCGUUGAACAAUUCGGCGAAAGAUCUGCCUUCGAAAAUAGCGGACAGCAUUACAUUACCACUCGGAACGUGGUUUGGCAUACCGUCGCUACCGGUGGUCACAUUGUACAGAUUAGCAGAUAUUAAAGGAGGAAGGCCCACUCCGAGAGAUACUACUUUGUCAUUAGUUUCGGGAUUGAUGGCAGAUUCCCUAUCGAGACGACUACCCACUUUGCCUUUGUGGACCGUUCUACAGGCUUUAGGUCGAGACGGUGUACAUAAUAGAUUUAAAAGAUGUUUCCUGGCUGUGGAAGAGUUGUAUAAUAAGAUUAAAGAAUUCUCUUGUAUUAGAAUAUUGAGUCAACCGCCGGGUGGCGAAACGGAGUCCUAUACUUUAAGCGAUUAUCUAGCAAACCCCGUGAAUAAUUUACAGUUAUUUGAAAUAGUAGCGAAUGCGUUAGUUUUCCAAUUUGUAUCCAACAAGGAUCUUCAAGCCACGGAGCGCGUGCUGCCUUAUUACGAUAAGUUGAAUUCCUGGUUGGGACAGAUUCUACAGAGGGACAUCGACAAUAUACAAAUAGAACUUUGUGAUAUAGAGCAGUGCGGUGUCGCGAUUCGGAUCUGUCCGUUGGAGAAUCCCGAUCAGCCACCCUCGACCGAAGACAUAGACAAUUUAGUGACCUGUCUCGAGCAACAAAUAGACAUAUUGCUAGCGACAGUGGAACACAAAGAAACCUUCGUACGUUUAGUCUCGGAGAAUGAUUCUUUACAUUUAGUGGAAAUGCCAGGUUGGGCUGGUCUGGGAGGUGUGCGUUACGCUCCACCUACUUGGAUUCAUGUUAUGACUGAUCAAGCAAGAGAGGAAUUGAACAAACUGAACACGCAAUUAGUCGAAACCUUACGCAACACGGACGCCGCGUUUUCCCUUGGAGAAGGAGCGGACGGUCUAGCUUGUGUACGGUUUGGCAUGGUAACACAGGAAACAGAUGUGGCCGAACUAUUGUCUUUAGUCUUGCAAGUUGGCCAAGAGGUGGAAGCUAGUUCUAAAAUGAUGGACACCAUCUCUGAAGUAGUUAAGAGAGGUAUCGAGACGGCUCAAACGGAUCUAGAAAGAGAAAAUGCGGAGAAGCUGUGGCAAGAGGGUAUUCUCAGGCACGUUCCCGUAGUAGGAACUUUUGUCAAUUGGUGGAGUCCUAUUUCGAAAGAAACAGGUGUUCGCGGCCGUAGUUUAAACUUGCAAGCCGGUGUUGUGGAGAGCACGGAAAAUAUCUACAAAUAUCACAUGCAGUUGCAACCUAAUUUCACAAACAGCAACGGUUCCGGCGCCAGAACACCGCCCCAGCCACUGGUACAAACGCCAGUCGGUGCUAACAGUCAAAGCCACAGCCGAUCGUCAAGUCAUUCUAGCCUGCAGAGCGGUAAGAACAUACCUCUAAUAAGCAAUGUCAGUUCACAACCGCAGGUGAAGGAAGAAUCCGCGCCAACGAAGUCGUAGUAAACAUUGUACUAUUUUAAUAAAUUGAAGGCGCGCAUUCCAAGUUGUUAACUUGAAAUAAGAAUAAUGCUUUCCGAAUGAAAUGCUAAGAUGUUAUCUUGUCGGAGGUACGAUCUUUAGCGAAAUAUUAGAUAUACAUAUAACUUGUAUAGCUUAUCGAUUGGGUUAAAUCGAACAAGAUACGUGCGACGAUUUUAAUUUUAUCUUGCUACUGCUACUCUUGACUGGUUGUUUCUCGCUUUUGCGUAUCUAAAUAACGUUUCUGCAGUCUUCGCAAAGUUCGUAAAAUUUUACAAUUUUUUUGCUAUUAAGCGAGCAUGAUUUAAUCAUGGGGUGGCCCAUGUACUUACUAAACUGAUUAUGUAGCAGCGUCGCUUUUAUAAAUUCAUAUAUAAGUUUUACUGAAAUACUUCUUGUGGCUUAAAGGCCAAAAUGAAAUAAUUUUCUCUUCUAAUCGAUCAUCUUUUUUUCAUACUUUAUCAAAAGUAAUUCACUGACUAAUGUAUGAUAGAAAAAAAUGUUGUAAGGAAAUUAUUUAUAUAUAUUGUUAAAUAAUAUAAUUUUUUUGUAUAAUAUUUUGCACUUUAAGUACUAGCUUGCUAAACCAAGAUAUGCUUGCAUUCAGUUUUUUUAUCAUAAUUAUUUUGAAAUUAUUCUUUAUUCGUGGAUUUUUGCUCUUUUUAAAUUGCUUUUUAAUUUUGAAAUUAAUAGUUUACACUCGUUAAAUUUUAUCCAUAAGCACAAUACUGCAAAUAAAUCUAAUAACAUAGUUCUGUUUACUUUAAGCAUUAAAGAUAAGCUAUUUAUAUAUGUACAUUUUACCUUUCACAAAGGAGAUUUUGAAGAAUAUGAAUGAAAAUAUAAUAGAGAAAAAGCGUUCUGAUGUUUGAAAGCUGUAAACAACUCGCCAAAGAAAUAUUAUUGUAUAUUCACACAGAAAGAAGAUCCGUAUUGUUCUUCUAUUAUGUAAUCGCUGAUACUAGAAAACUAUUUCAGUAAAUAAGAUCAUUAAAUAAGUUAAAUUGCAUUAGGAGAUUAUUCGGAAAUUGUUAAAAAAUAUCGAAGAUGCAAAUAAAUCAAGCAGUAUGUAUAUUUAUGUACCAAACUUGUAAUAAAAAGCAUUGCUAAUGAAUAAAUAAUAUAAAAUAGAAA